UGAUUGUCAUUUUACUAGAUAAAAAUAGUACAUAAUAUCGAAAAUGAUCAGCGUAAACAAUAUAUAUUAUUUGUCGAUCGUCUUUUAUGUGUUUUUAUUAAAAACAGUUCAUACUGAGGACGUAUGUGUAGCCAAAGGACCUUGCUCGUGUGAAUACUCUAAUGGCACCGGUAUUGACUUAUCGCUUACUGUUAAAGCAACAUUUUAUACUACGCAAUCAUAUAAAUUAAAGAACAAUGGAUCACAAUACGAAUUGAGUACCUAUUACUAUCAUCCGUGCACUGAUGUGUUGCUUAAAGUGAACAGUACUGCAUCGAAUAAUACAUGCGACAAGCCAUUGUCGAUAUGUCGACAUAAAACGACUUUGGAUUUAGUUGCUAAUAAUACAUUUAAAACAGAUGGAGGCAAUUAUGAAUUUUUAGGCAGAACAAAUGUUUCUCAGUUCAGUGCUGAUGGGAGAUCAAUUACUUACUUCAAUGGCCCAUCGGCGACCCUCGUUACGUUAGUUUGUGCUCAAACAGAAGACCAACUACAAGUUCUUUCGGUUUUGGAUCCAGAUAAUAUAGUACUUUCAUUCUAUUCAAGACAAGCAUGCCUGAAACUUCUUGAAGAAGAGGGACGUUCCUUCGGUUCAACUUUGCUUAUAAUAUUCUUCUCAUUUGUGAUAUUAUAUCUCGUUCUUGGAAUAUGCACUAAGAAAUUCUUAAUGGGUGCAACAGGGAUCGAGGUUGUGCCUAAUUUGACUUUCUGGUCAGAUUUACCGAAUCUAGUUAAGGAUGGUUGGGCAUUUGCAAUCAAUGGGUUCAAAUUGCCAGCUCGCGGCGCCGGCCCCGUGACGUCACCAGACCCGAACAGCUACGACAGCAUAUAACAUCAAAGCGAAGACCCCCUCAAUGAAGGUCAACUUGUAUUGAUUGAGUAAUGUCGUGAAACAAUAUAUAAUAUGGACUUAAAAUUUAAAUAUUACGUCUUGCCGCUAUAAUAGUAUUCCGACGCUGCAACACGUGGGGAUCAAUGUAAAUGUGGCGUUAUGUAAUUUAUCAAAGCUUAAAUAUAUAUAGAGAAAGUAGAAUUUUUUUUACCUUAUAUAAUAACUGUUCAUAAAUUACAAUGUAUUAUUUUAACAUCAAUAAAUAAGCAAUAUAUAAUACUGUAGAUUUUGCUGAGUAUAUAGCUCGAUAAUUGCAUUAAUUAUAUGUUGCUUAAACAUGUUAAUUACGUAAUUAUUUGACUCAAUAAUAUAAUGUUAUUAUAACCAAUUUGUUAUAUACAAUUUAAAUUUAGAAUUCUCUUUUAACUAUUUAAGACAUGUCCAGUUUCUGAAACACUGAUCACAUUAACUAAUCCGACUUUAAUAUGAAUGGCAAUUACCAUUGGGCGGCAGGCCACAAUAGAUGACCAAUGAACGUUGAGUAUUUACUUACUUUUCUUAAUUUCAAUAUUUAUAAUCUGGCACUUAGUAUGAGAACUGAUUAGAAUAUUAAAUGUUUUAUUUUUAAGGGUUGCCAUUUUACAUAAACUUAAAUAUAUAUUUUUAUUAAUUGAUUUUCAAAUUUUGGAAGAUAGCCGAUCUAUAUUUUUACGAACAUAUAUAUACACAUCUAAGAAUCUCUAGUCUAGAUGAAUAAUUCUUGAAAAAAGCGUAAUAAAAUAUGUAAUAUAAACCAUAUAUGAUAUUUACAUAUUUGUGAUGUUAACGAAAAAUCCCUAGCAAAGUAAUAAUUAAUAUACUUGAUAUUAAGAACAUUUAUAGAAGGAAUAAUCAUAACAAUUUAUUGAUUUUCAAGACAUGAUGAUAUUACGACAAAGUUUCCGUACUUGCUAUAAUCCUCUCAAUGUAUAUAGGAAUGCUCAUUGAUUUUGAUUUGGAUUAGAUUUUGUUAGAAGUGAGAAAUAUGAAUGUUAAUUUAUUGUUUCCAAAAGACGUAAAUAAUAUUUGUUUUCCCGGCAAAAAAACGUGAACAAAGUUCGAAAUUAUUUUUUUAUAUUCUAAAUAGAAUCUUUCUCAUAAUAUCAAGAACCAGCGGUCAUAACAUAUCCGUUUAAUUAAGCAUGUUAUAACCUAUACAACCUUCUUUAUUUAAAUGCAAAAAAAUCACGCGGUCCAGCUUAAUUUAAAUUAUACAUUUUUUCCCCAAUCAAAUUGAUUUUCUCAGUGUAUAAUUAAUAUGCAUGGCUGUCGAUGCGAUAACAGCCAAAUUUAUUAUUGAUUAGUUUUACAAAUUUCAAUCUCGUUCGAAUCUUGAAACGAAGUCUGUUUAACGUAACUGUAGUCUAGAUGUGUAAAUUUUUAUGUAUAUUAUGUAGUAAUUAUACUUGAUAUUUUAAAUCACGUGUAAAUUAAUCAUAAUACUGUAGUUGUAACUGUUAUGAGUAGAAUUUUAUGGAUGAAUUAUGGCAAUGGCACAUUAUUUAUUCAAAUUGUUGUGUAACCUAAAAAAAUUAUAUUAGCUUAAGUAACAAUAUGUCUAUAUAUAUGUACUAGUGUGACGUAAAAACGCUUGGCAUUGGUUAAGCAGCUGACAAGUAUUUCGAUACAUGAAUAGCUCAUGUUUUUGUUAUCGAUAGAUAUUUAAGAUCGAUUUUCGUUACAUCGCUUACAUCAGUUUCUAUAUCUACUGCUCGUCUUGCAUGUCUACCUCUUGUGAUGAUGAUCAAAAUAAUAUAGUUCUCUCCGUUAUUACAAGGCGUAUAUAUAUAUAUGAAAUUAAGUUUAAAAAUAUGAACAUGUUGACAGAUGCUGUACUAUAUGGAGUAACUUAAAGCAGAACCUUAUCUAAAUCCAAAAUUUGAUCCAAAGGCUUAGAGCUGUCCGAGAUAUAGAUUUCACAUAAUAAGAUAGGUAUGUAAGAAGAUCAUUUACCACAUAAGAAAAUCAUAUACAAAUUUUACUAGCCAGCUGCCUAAUCAUUAUGCGAUUAUACUAUUAUUAUCCAUAUAAAUAAUGAUAACGUACACUCCCGUAUAAACACCUACUUAAUAAUUGUAUAUAAUAAAAUUAUAUAACACUAUUAGUCAUAUUUAAUAAAAAAUUUAAAACAAACCGAAAUACAUAUUUAAAAGUUUCAUCUUUUCGCAGAUAUUUUUAUCAUAUGUAUAGUGGACAUUAUUAUAAUAAUUCUGUUAUAUUUUGUCAACAUAUACAUAUGUAUGCAAUUUAACGACUUUUGUUACUGUAUUAAUAUUUAUUCUGUGGGUUAUUUUGCUUUCUUUGCUAUUUAUUUCAUUAUUUACAUAUCACAGGUAUUUUAAUUCUUAAAAUAAAUAUUUAUUCCUUAACUUUAUGAGUAAUAUGACUUCCAGUAACCUCGAAAAAUCUUUUUUUCUAUUAAGUAAUGUUAAGGGUGAAUUAUAAAAACUAAUUAUCAUAUCUGUUGUAUUGUCAUUUAAUUAUAAUGUGCCAAGAAAUUAUUUGAAAUAUAUUAAACAGUAUCUAAAAGUGCAUAAUUUUGUUUGCGGUUUUUGCCUUAUCAUAUAUAUAUUCAUUAAUUUCUCUACUUUUAUAAUCUUUGUAAUGUGUAAUUUUUUUUUAAAUAUUGUCGUCACCACAAACUUAGGUCGUGAUUACCACUAAUGAAAUCAACAAUAAUUAUGAGAUUCCUUAAGUUCAUCCCUUCUGAUCUGGGUUUAUUUUGUGUUCAGUGUCUCUGAGGGCAAGUUGUAAUGUAUCAGUUUGUGUCACAAACGACUUAUUAUAACACGUAUACUAAAUAUAAAAAGUCAUAUACAGUUCGUACUGGUUUGUUGUUGUUUGUACUAAAAUGUUUGCGGUAAAUCUAUCAUAACUCGAGGACAUUGCGCCCUUUUUGUGUGACGGCAUUAUAUUUUAUAAUCUCUCGUAUUUUUUCUACGUUAUACCGUUUGUGAUCAUUUAUAUUUUGAAGUGUUUUAAGAGUAAAAUAUAUAAUUGUGAUUUUAUACAUAGUUUUAUAUUCAUACCAACUUUAUACUUUCGCCUUGCACAAAUGAAUAUGAUCUGUGUUGAAUCUCUUCAAUAAAUAAUAAAAUAUA